ACGAAAAAUUUUCUUUCUGAAUUGAGCGCCCUCUUUCACAUGUGUGUAUUAUUACCCAAGUUCCCCGCUUGGAACUUUAGUAUCGAAUCCUAACUUUUAAAAACUCAUCUGCAGUUGGAAGACAAAUUAAAAAGCUUCCAUUCAUUGCCUAGCUGCAUAAAUUAUUUCCCAAUUUUGUAAAAUACCCAAGCCAUGGCGGACCAACAUCAGGAGCAGAAAGCCGAAGGCGACAGUGGAUCCGAAUAUAUCAAACUCAAGGUCGUCGGCCAAGAUUCUAAUGAAAUUCAUUUUCGAGUGAAGAUGACCACCCAGAUGGUUAAACUCAAAAAAUCUUACAGUGACAGACUGGGCGUUCCCGUUACCUCGUUGCGAUUUUUGUUCGAUGGGCGAAGAAUCAAUGAUGAUGAAACUCCUAAACAGCUGGAAAUGGAAAACGACGACGUUAUCGAAGUCUACCAGGAGCAGACUGGAGGGGUCUAGAGACAGAAGGGCAUUCAUCCAUUCACUCAUUCUUUUCCCUUCUAUUCGAUCGAUCGAGCCAAUCGCUGGUUGCCUCCGGAGUCUACGGCCAUUUAUAUUCUUGAAUUUUUAAAUGAGCAAUAUGUGUUGUACAUUUUUUUUCCCCCCGAUAGUACCUAUUCCCGCCUCUCUCCUGGGCAGCCGUGGUUUUUAGGAGGACUUUUUAACAAAAAAUAUACUUUAUCAUCAUGUGCUUUUCUUUCAUUCGAACAUUUGAUAUAUUUUUUUUUAUAGAUUUUUUUUGUUUUCUCUCAUCCAAUGAUAAAAUUUAAAGCAAUGUGUAAAUCAUAUGUAACUGGUUCAUAAUUAAACUGCAUUUCAUUGUA